UCAUGCUUGGGUAGACUCUGGGUUUUUAAGGGAGUGACAUGCUGCCUCUCUUACAUAGGUGCUUCAGUGAAGAGUCCUGCGUCUCCAUUCCUGCAGUGGAAGGCUAUGUGGUGGUCCUUCAGCCGGAUGCCCCCCAGAUCCUUCUGAGUGGCACAGCUCAUUUUGCCCGCCCUGCUGUGGACUUUGAGGGACCCGAGGGGGUCCCCUUGUUCCCAGAUCUUCAGAUCACUUGCUCCAUUUCCCACCAGGUGGAGGCCAAAGCAGAUGAGAGUUGGCAGGGCACAGUGACAGACACACGUAUGUCAGAUGAGAUUGUACACAACCUGGACGGCUGUGAAAUUUCUCUGGUGGGAGAUGACCUAGACCCUGAGCGAGAAAGCCUGCUCUUGGACAUGGCAUCCUUGCAGCAGCGAGGCCUGGAGCUCACCAACACAUCUGCCUACCUCACCAUUGCUGGGGUGGAGACCAUCACCGUGUAUGAAGAAAUCCUGAGGCAUGCUCGUUAUCAGCUGCGGCAUGGAGCCGCCCUGUAUGCCAGGAAAUUCAGGCUUUCCUGCUCAGAGAUGAACGGCCGCUAUUCCAGCAACGAAUUCAUCGUGGAGGUCAACGUCCUGCAUAGCAUGAACCGAGUGGCCCACCCCAGCCAUGUGCUCAGCUCACAGCAGUUCUUGCACCGAGGUCACCAGCCUCCUCCUGAGAUGGCUGGACACAGCCUGGCCAGCUCCCACCGGAACUCCAGUACGUAAGCUGAGUGGGGAUGAGGAGCAUGGCAUGACAUCCAUCUCUAUACCCUUGGGAGGGGAGGA